ACCUGUUAAAGCAAUUUUCCGUAGAAGAAGAGGGAGCAGGCGCUGCUAGCUGAAGCUAAAUGAUUAUAUAAAUGAUAAUUAUAAAGUUAUUGCCAUUUCACAGACCAGUUAACUAGCAUCAUACUAGUUCAGUAACUUAGCUCUAAGACGUUUUGUGUGUCAUAUCAGUAACAUCAAGCUGCACAGUAGCUGCAUUUGUAGGCAGUGUUAGCUUUAGCAUUAGCACUUAGCUUUACAACUUAGCUAGCUAUGGCCGGGAGUAACGUCGCUCAGAAGACGUGGGAGCUUUCGAACAGCAUCCAGGAAGUUCAGAGUAUUGAUGAGAUCUACAAAUAUGACAAAAAACAGCAGCAAGAAAUCCUCGCAGCCAAACCUUGGACAAAAGAUCAUCAUUACUUUAAAUACUGCAAGAUCUCUGCGCUGGCCCUGCUGAAGAUGGUGAUGCAUGCUCGCUCCGGUGGGAACCUGGAGGUGAUGGGGCUCAUGCUGGGGAAGGUGGACGGAGAGACCAUGAUGAUCAUGGACAGCUUUGCUCUGCCUGUGGAAGGAACCGAGACCAGAGUGAAUGCUCAGGCUGCUGCCUACGAGUACAUGGCUGCUUAUAUAGAGAACGCCAAACAGGUGGGGCGAUUGGAGAACGCUAUCGGAUGGUAUCACAGUCACCCUGGUUACGGCUGCUGGCUAUCGGGGAUCGACGUCAGCACUCAGAUGCUCAAUCAACAGUUCCAGGAGCCCUUUGUGGCAGUGGUGAUUGAUCCUACACGUACCAUAUCUGCAGGGAAAGUCAAUCUGGGAGCUUUUAGAACAUAUCCUAAGGGCUACAAACCUCCAGACGAGGGGCCGUCUGAGUACCAGACCAUACCUCUUAAUAAAAUUGAAGACUUUGGUGUUCACUGCAAACAGUACUAUGCACUAGAGGUGACUUAUUUUAAGUCUUCUCUGGACCGUAAACUACUCGAGCUCCUCUGGAAUAAAUACUGGGUUAACACGCUGAGCUCAUCGAGUCUACUCACUAAUGCGGACUACACGACGGGGCAGGUGUUCGAUCUGUCCGAAAAGCUGGAGCAGGCCGAGGCUCAGCUGGGACGAGGAAGCUUCAUGCUCGGCUUGGACACGCACGACAGGAAAUCCGAGGACAAACUGGCCAAAGCCACGCGUGAUAGCUGCAAAACAACCAUUGAAGCAAUUCACAGCUUAAUGUCCCAAGUCAUCAAAGAUAAGCUCUUCAAUCAAGUGAACACGUCCACCAACUAAGUGUAAAGUGUGUACUGAGCAAUGGCUUAACCGGCACUCUGAUCUUUGUCUUCAUUUGUUCAUAAAUUAAUAAAUAUUAUAAAUGGC